AUGAGAACUGGCUUUCAAUUCAUACCGGAGAGCCGGCCACUACAGUAUCUGCCCGCCUCACGAGUGUUUUGGGUAACACCGUCGGCCCCAAACACCUCACUCUACAACUAUCCGCUGGAACUGUGGAGCACCAUCCCGGAGUCGGAGCUGAUCGUGAAGCUGUGCGUGUUCGUGCCGGUGAUCGUGUUUGGCCUGCUGGGUAAUGGCAUCCUGCUCGAGGUCAUAUUCUCCAACCGAACGCUGCGAACCCCCAGCCACCUGCUGAUCGCGAAUCUGGUCAUCACCGACUUUCUCACACUGCUCGUGUGUCCCGUCUUCUUCCUGACGCAUGACUUCUUCCAGAACUACCUGCUCGGGCCGAUCGGAUGCAAGCUGGAAGGGCUGAUCGAGGGCGGGCUGCUGGUCACUUCCGUGCUGGGAAUGUGUGUAAUUAGCUACGAUCGCUUGUCGGCGGUGGUGCUAUCGGCUGGAACACGGCUCAAAGGACGCGGAACCGUGGCAGCGAUCGGCUUCUGUUGGAUCGUCGGGUUUGUAAUGGCAAUGCCCUUGCUGCUGUACCGGCACUUUAAGGUGCGCCACUGGAUGAACCUGGUGGAGAUGUACUGCUACGAGGAUCGCUCUGUGCUGGCGACCUACUGGGAGUUUCUGCUGGUCAUGCUCGUGUGGUUCCCGCUGGGUGUCAUGCUGAUCGCCUACACGCUGAUCAUCGUGAAGCUGGAUCGGUACGAGCGAAAUGCGCUCCGUCGGCAGCAUCCGAUGGUGGUGCGCUACAAAAGUCGCGUGGCCAAAACGCUAUACAUUGUCCUGUUGGCGUUUAUUGUCGUGCGGGUGCCCUUUACUAUAAUGGUAUUCGUUUAUUACAGCAUUGAAUCGAUUGAAUAUUAUCAGUUCAGUGAAAGUUUCAUUUUCAUAUGGUGGCUAGCGAAGGUAGCAUUCAUUUUCCUGAAUGCCGCCAUCAAUCCCCUCAUCUAUGGCCUCACAAACAAAACAUUUAAGAAAGCCCUCCGGGGCUCAAAAAUACUACAGUGCCUAUGCCGUCUCCCGCCCGAGGAGGAAUCGACUGGUACAGCUUCAACCAUCAAACGGCAGCACUGUUGUUGUCUCGGGCCUAUCAAUUCCGAUGACGUAGAAACAUCACAGGAUGAUGGUAUCCUCGAUAGGUCCCGGUUUUCUAGGGUUAGUAGGCGUUUCAGAGCAACGUGGUUAAAUUCUACAUUGCGAGGAAAACAACCAAAGCAUGAUACCACCGUAGAGGACAAAUCGUAA